UAAAAAUCUACUUAAAUAAUUUUUAAUAGAAUAUUCAAAAUACGAGGGUUGAGAAACCUGUUGUUGAAUCCUAGAUCCACCAAUAUGAUCCUAUAGCGAAAAAACAGUUGAGACAGCGGAAUAUACAGGGUGAAAAACCCGCUCGAAUUGUCAGAUAGGAAACUUUUCGGACGUACCUCCUUUCGCGAAAAGUCACAAUAGAAACUCAAUAUCUGAUCCGUUGUUCUAACCCCGAUUUGAAGCCCGUUCACGAUAUUUUAACUAGGAUGGAUUUAACUAGGGUGAACCGGACGACGAUGGUUUUAAGUUACGACAUCGACGUAAGAGACACUGAUAAACUCGAAACGACUAUUUUGCUGCAAAAAUUUUCUAACGGGGUUUGGUUGAAACAGCCGUUCAUACCGUAUAUACCGGAACCGUGCAAAUUGUGGUUGAGGUUAUUUUCGGGUACGAUGAACGAUGUUAUCGGAAAAAAUGGAACGUGUCCAUUACCACCUGGACACUAUUCCACUGAAAGAAUCCUACACAAACGAGAAGAAUUCGAAACCGGUAUACCGAUAUCAGGAAGGUUGAAAUUCGAAUUAGUUGUACGAAAAAUAGUAACAAAAGAAAUAAUAUUUUGUGUCGAAGGUGUCGUCAUAUUAACGUAAUUAAAAAAAAAACAGGUUAAUCUAACAGGAAACGGCAAUCGAUUAUUAUUAUUCCAAUCAAUAUUCAAUUAUCAACUAUGAAUAAAU